GGGUCGGGAGCGGGGCCGGGGCCGGGGCCGGGAUCGGGAUCGCGCUCCGGGAUGUUCCGCAUCGAGGGGCUGGGGCCCAAGAUGGACCCCGAGGAGCUGCGCCGCAAGAUGCGCCGCGACGUGCUCGCCUCCGUCCGCAACUUCGUCAUCUACGUCGCACUGCUGCGGAUCACUCCGUUCAUCCUGAAGAAGCUGGACAGUAUAUGAGCCCUCGGGACCGGCGGGAUGACCUGCGGCUGCUUUCCCCGGGCACUGCGGCGGGAGCGGCGCGCAGCCGGCGCCGCACGGCUCCCGGGGGUGUCCCCUCGGCACCGGCAGCGCGGGCGGGCCCGCGGGGAGUCCCGGCCGUGACGGAGCGCUCGCUGUGCCGUGAACAGAGCCCCUGUCCGCCCCGCGCUGCGGCUGCCCAGCUCACCUCGCGUCCGUGUGAACGCCCAGUCUGCCCUGCACCCAGCCCAACAACAGCCCGAUGGAAAUAAACGGGAGAGCAGCUGUGCCACGGCCCGUU